UGCCGUCAUCCCUCGAUGAUGGCGAACGCGUUCGCCAGUCGAAGGUGCUGCCAUCGUUGAUGUCUACGACGAUUGACCAUGUAUAUGUGAGCGUGUAUGUGUAUAUUUAUGUGAAGGAACAUGUACGUACGUAUACAUUGACGAAUCGAACAAUAGUUAAAUCAGGGUGAGGGCUCGGCUUUGCCCGAGGGUUGCUGUGGGUGUUUAAUGAGCUGCCAGCCAGUGUCCGAAGGGGGAAACGGAGGGUAGAAGAGACGACAAACCGAGGGAUUUUUACUUGGGUAUGAGAAGGAUAGAAAAAUUCACGAGGCACGAGCAGCUACCGGCACCACACCACUUGACUGCUUAUGGGACACGGGCACCGUCUAAGUCCACACAAGGAACAAACUCCACCCCUGAUUCAAAUAAAACGCAUACAGACUCACCGUUCGAGAUCAAAUGCGCUUUGAACGCGCGUGUAAUCCUACAUAAAUCCGAAGAGGAGGAAAAUCAGAGGGCAAGUUCCAUGACGUACGACUACUGUUCCAACGUCCAUUGUUUGUGGUUUACCACAAAAGCCUGCAAAUGCCAACUCACAAUGAAAAGCCGUCUUUCUACCCCACGCAUAAAUCUCGAAGAUUGGAAAUUUUGUUCAUGAACAAAAUAAAAUCGAUCAUUUUCGUUUACUACUGCAGGAAGCAAUUUUGCUUCGCAGUCAUGGCCAUUAAUCUUCGAUUAAGUGCUCAACGAUUCGGUCAAGUCUUUUUCUCUGUCUCUCAACGGUGGAGCCAAGGCUGUCAGCCACCAGUAUGUCACCGUACAGACCAGCACCCCAACACAAUGACGGCCGUGCAUGCGAUCGAUAUGUGCACUCGACAGAAACGACCCAACGAAAGGUCGAUUAAAGUGAAAUCACGACUUUGCCGUGAGUUGUCUGAACGACAAUGUGGAUGUUUAUGUUUCUACUUUUGACCACGUGCUCCCUGUCACGUGGUCAAGUGAUCAACAGAGCACCACAUUUCGUUCAGGGAGGAGACAUGGCCAGAUUGGCCGUUUCCGAAGGUACACCUUCAGGUGCACCGGUAUAUACUCUUCAAGGGGAGGAUCCGGAAGGUUCUAAAUUACACUAUUCUAUAAGUGGAGAGUACUUCACCGUUAACAGAGAAACUGGUGUGGUUGUUCUUCGAAAAACGCUUGACAGGGAGACGCAAGACCUGAUCGAAGUGAUCAUCAGUAUAACGGAUGAAGGUAUCGCUGGCUCGGAGCCCAAUACUGUAUCACUUCGUCGAGAAAUAGCAGUCCUAGAUGAAAACGAUAAUCCGCCGAUGUAUCAUGGUCGACCGUAUGCAGCGAGGGUGCCUGAAAGCGCACAAGUCGGUGGAUUAUUGCUUCCUUCGGGAACGAUCAUGAUAACUGAUGAGGAUGGUGGUGUCAAUGCUGACAUUCACGUUGAAUGUGUUACAGCAUCGCGAGACGACGAUGUUUGUAAUACCUUUGACAUCUCGACUGAAAAGUUAGGAGAAGGAAAAUACGAUGUACAAAUAUCUUUGGCGAAACCUUUAGAUUAUGAGAAGAGAAAUUCUUAUUUAAUUAAUCUUUUAGCAGUUGACAGUCCGAGUGACCCAUCGAAGAGGCUACAAGCCAGAGCUACCGUUGCAGUCGACGUCCUCGAUGUUCAAGAUCAACCACCAGUUUUUUUGAAUGCACCGUAUAGUGCAGCUCUACCAGAAAAUACAGCUGGAAAUCAUACGGUUUUAACGAUCAGAGCACGAGACGGUGACACAGGUGAACCGAGGCCGUUGCUCUUGACUUUGGAGGGCGAAGAUUCGGGUCAUUUCGGUCUGGAUGUUUUACGAGAAGGUGACGUCACUAUAGGGAAACUCGUGACCACGAAUGUUUCUCUUGAUCGAGAGGAUCCUAGAAUCCUACAGAAUGGAGGAAUUUAUACAUUUCAUGUUAAGGCUACUGAAUUAAUCAAUAACGAAAUACCGGCCGAUUCUGCUACGUCAAUCGUGACAAUUGUCGUCACCGAUGUUGAUGAUCUUGUACCGGUUUUCAAUGAGAAUCAUUUUAAUCUGAAGAUUUCUGAAGAUAUUGGAAAAGAUACUCCUUUACCUGGUUUGAAUAUGAUUGUUAGCGAUGGUGAUGUCGGUGAUAAUGCUAAAUAUUUUUUGGCCUUACGAGACGUACCAGAAUAUCCUGGAAUCAGUAAAGCUUUUACAGUUAGUCCUGAGGAAGCACAAGGUAGAGUACCUGUCGUUGUUAAAGCUAAAGAUGUUAGUGUGCUCGAUUAUGACGUAGAUGAUGAAUCAAAAAGAGAAUUGGAAUUUGAAGUCGUUGCAAUGGUUGCCAGUGAAGUGGUUGCAACAUCCAGAGUGCAUAUUCAAUUAUUGGAUGCCAACGAUCAUAGUCCAGAAUUUUUACAAUCUGUUUAUAAAUUGACUGUCCCCGAAAAUGCAGAACCAGGUACUCGAUUUGGGGACAUCUUUGCUCGAGAUUAUGAUAGUGGUUCGUUUGGUGAAUUAACUUACACUCUACGUGGUUUCGGUGCUGAUAAAUUCUUAACCGAUCCUGAAAAAGGUGGUAUUUCGGUUGCCAAAAAAUUGGAUUACGAGAUGCAAAAGUCUUAUUCGUUGACUAUGGAAUCAAAGGAUGGAGGUGGAAGAGUUUCCGCUGUUAAUAUUCUUAUUGAGUUGGAAGAUGUUAAUGACAAUUAUCCGAUCUUCGAACAAGUCGAAUAUUCUAGGACGGUGCGCGAAGGGGCUACUAGUUUUGAACCACAAAUGUUUAUCAGAGCCACUGAUAUUGAUGGGCCUAUGCAAGGAAAUGGAAAAGUUUCGUAUACUAUCGAUCGGCAAAAUAGUUUGACGGAAAAUGUUUUUACGGUAAAUCCAGAUAGUGGUGAAGUGACAAUGUUGAGGCCUGUAAAAUCUGGAGAUACGGAAAGAGGAAUUUACGAAUUGGUUUUUCGUGCCACGGAUGGUGGAAUACCACCUCUCUAUUCCGAAGCAAAACUUUAUGUUCGAGUUGGUGUACCUGGAAAUCAAAAGCCUAUAUUUCGUGGAAAUUACAAAUCCAAUCUACCUGGACCAAAUAGUUAUAGAGCAAGAUUACUGGAGAACGCAUCACCGGGAACCGAAGUUAUUAGGGUGGUAGCAAAUGAUCCUGAUGGACGGGAUAAUUUAUUACAAUAUCAUAUCGCAUCAGGUGCAAAAGAUAAUUUCGUUAUCGAUUCGAGUUCAGGUAUCAUCACGGUUUCUCCAGAUGCUCGUUUAGACUUGGAGAGUGGAGGUGAUAAAUAUGAAGUGAUUGUUCAUGCGAUUGAUUCUGGUACACCGGUUAGAGAAACAGCUAGUACAACUGUUACCGUGAAUAUCGUUGAUGUGAACAACAAACCACCGAUGUUCAACGAGUCUACAUAUUUGGUCUACGUAUCGGAGCGUGCAGCCAUAGGAGAGUCUGUUUUAAAAGUAUUAGCCACUGAUCCAGAUUCGGAUGCAUAUUUGGAAUAUUCCAUCGUGGAACCAAUAAGAGCCGUUGAUAAAACUGGUGUAGCAUUGAAGAGUACAACACCGUACGAUUAUAAAACAGCUUUUCGUAUAAAUUCUAAUACAGGAUUAAUAACUGUUAACCGAGUAUUGGAUUACCAAGUUGCGGCUGUCAUAAUACUUACUGUUCAAGCGCAAGAUUUAAGUGCAGUUGUCGAUAAAGAAAAACAAAUAGCUAAAGCAGAGGUGACCAUAUAUGUUCAGGCAUACAGUGACGAUAACCCAACUUUUACUAAUACUGGAUGGUCUCCUAAUAAUCCAGUGAUAAGAGUCACUGUCCCAGAAGAACAGCCUCUUGGUACAACACUGUUGAUGCUGUCAGCAAAGGAGCCAACAACUGGAUAUUCAGUUCAGAGAUUUGAACUCGUUCGAGAUGAAGAUGACGAGGGGUAUGUUAAUGUCGGUGUUCAAAGUGGAAACGUUGUUUUGAGUCGAAGACUCGAUUACGAAGUAUUGAAUCAAAAGUUUAUUCGUUUUAAAGUACGUGCUCUCGCAAGGGAUUACGAAAUAACACGAAAAAUGUCAGAAGCAAAUGUAAUUGUUGAAGUUCAAGAUGUUAACGAUAAUAAUCCAGAAUUUACACAGAAAGAUUAUAAAAUUUCGGUAUUAGAAUCAGCUAAAGCAUCUAAGAUCGUUUUGAAUGUAAGAGCAACCGAUAUGGAUAGUUCGAACACAGAACAAGAAGUGGAAAGAGGCUACGGUGAAGUAAGAUAUUCUAUAACAGGCGAGAAUGCAAAUUUGUUCGAGAUGGAUUCAAUUACUGGAAAUAUACAGAUCGCAGCUAACACGAGUCUUGAUCGAGAGAAACAAUCGGUUUUACGGUUUUACGUCGUUGCAUCAGACAUGCCUCAGGGUGGUGCAGAACAAAGGAGUACCAGGGCGUUAGUCACAGUUGACAUCUUGGAUGUCAAUGACAAUGCACCAAUCUUUCCACAGGAAUCCUAUACCGCUGUUAUUCCUGAAAAUGCCUCAACAGGUGUCAGUGUAGUAAAUAUUACAGCGACGGAUCCAGAUGAAGGAGAGGGUGGCCGAAUUCAUUUCGAGAUCAUUGAUGAAGGGGAAGCUAAUGGACUGUUCAAGAUAAAUCACACAAGCGGAGAAAUCUCUUCAGCUCGACCUUUAACAGGCAAGGGAAGAACAGAACCAUACAACAUGCGUGUCCGAGCUCAAGAUGGUGGAGUACCACCCUUAUUCACUGACGUAAUCUUAAUUUUAUACAUCGGUGACGUAGUUAGCAACGAUGGAGUUCCUUUAUUCAUCAGACCGACCAUUGAAGAAGUAGCUUACAUUUCGGAAAAUUCAACGAUAGGCAGUCCCGUGUUCCAAGCUGUAGCAUCCGAUCCUGAUGAUCCAAAUCUGCCAAAUGGAAAAAUAACUUUUAAGUUUUUGGAAGAUGGCAAUUUUGGUAAAGAUGCCAGUGCUUUUAGGAUCAACAGUGAGACUGGUUUGAUCACAACGAGGAAACUGCUCGAUCGUGAGAUUAAGGACAGUUACACAUUGAUUUUGGUUGCUCAAGAUUUGGGUGUUCCUCCGCAGCAAGCGACUAGAGUACUUCAAGUAAUCGUGAACGAUAUCGAUGAUCAUAAACCACAUUUUAAGAGAAGUUUAGAUAGUCCACCGAUCGAGUUAGGUGUUCCAGAAGAAACUUCAAAUGGUACUAAAGUUGGUAUCAUUGAAGCAAUCGAUGAAGACAUCGGUGAGAAUGGAAUGAUUGAUUAUGCCAUUAUUUAUGGAAACGAAGCUGGAUUAUUCACGGUUGAACGUUUAGAAAAUAACUCUGCUGUUAUACGAACUAAUGGUCGUUUGGAUAGAGAGUCUAUCGAUCGUCAUUUAUUAACAGUGAAGUGUUUCAAAUAUUCAGCCAGUAAAUCGGACGUUGUUCCUAAACCUUAUAAUCGACAAGAUCCUUCGGAGAGGCAAGUUCUUAUCAGAGUUCUCGACAUCGAUGACAAUCGACCUAAAUUUAAGAAAGAUAACAUUACUCUUGGGGUGAGAUUAAACGUACCAAUCGAUACCAGUUUGAUAACAUUGGAAGCAAGUGACGCUGAUUCUGAUGCUUUAUCGAUAAAUUAUUAUAUGAGCAAUGUAUCCUUCUUGUCUCUGGUAGACUCCUCGAUGUCAUCAUUGGUUACACCACCUCGUCUUUCGUUGAACUCUCAAACGGGUGAGCUUAGAACAAUCGGUUCUAUGUCCGGUUAUGCGGAUGGUUAUAUGGAACUUGUAGUGACAGCUAAUAAUUCUGCGACACACGGUAGAGAAACUAACAUAACCUUGAGAAUAUUUUUGUUAAGAGAUAGGGAUAUGCUGAAGUUUGUCUUCUCUAAGCCACCUGUUGAAGUUAGAAAGACAUUAGAGGAUUUUGAGAAAGCUGUUCAAAUGGCUCUUUCUUUACCAAUUACUGUUAAUGUUUAUGACACUCAAUUUUAUUCGAAAGAAGACAAUUCUUUAGACUUUUCAUCUACUAGUUCUUGUUUCCAAAUGGUUGGUAAAGAGUCUUACGAUUUAGACGAAAUGAAAGCUUUACUGACAGACUCAAAGAAUGAGGAAUUGAAGAAGGUUUACAAGACGUUCAACGUGGAAAAGGUGCAACAUUGUGCCGCUGUUGUUGCACGGGCUGAUGCCUCCAUGACACAAAUGUGGGUGCUUGCUAUAGCUGUACUUGUUGGUAUUGCAGCCAUUGUAUCGAGUUGUACACUCUGUUGCAUGCAUGCAAAAUAUAAACGGCAGGUAAAACAUGCACGAUUACGUGAACAACCACGACCAACUUUGAGUUAUGUAUCUUCUGGACCAGGAAUGGUUAGUGCAGCUUCCCACACAACUUUGGGUCCUGGUACUAUGGUUACUUUGGGUCCACACGAGGGUCCUUACGAGUGGGGUGCUGAUACAACUCUUUAUCAUCCUAGUACUCUUUCUAGAGCAUAGGACAAUUGUUUGAUCUUUCAAAAUUAUUUUAAUCUUGGUCUUAAGAAAUUUACAGUAGGCUGGAUUUUGAAAAAUAAUUUGAAGGAUUCCAAUUUGGUUUCGUUAUAGAUUGUUUACAAUUAUUCACUAUGGUGCAUGUACAGGAACGAACUCUCUUUUUUUUAUUAAAAGACUUUCAAGGUCGAAUUACGAAUUAAUUUCGUAGAAUUUUGACUCAAUGAGAUUAUCGAAUGGUGCUAUAUGUGUAUAAAAUACGAAUUAUAGUUUAAUGUGUAAUGUUAAUACUGAGUUUAGAUACUUUUUAAGACGUUCGUGCCAAAAUACGUCGAUUUAUCUUUCAGAUAAUAACUUUUGUACUUUAUUUGAACCCUUUGAGUGCUGUCUUUCCAAUGUUAAUCUUGUGCCCUGAACUGUCCACUCUGUACGAAGAAGCACACCAUAGGUUGCAUAUUUUUUGACGAAAGAGCGCAAGUUGAGCUGACUGAAUUUUCAUUGCAAAAUCAAAAUGGAAGCCUAAAUUAAAUAUAUGCGUUUACAGUUCUCAAAGGGUUAAAAAAAAAGAAGGUAAUAUUAAGUUUGUAAAUUUGAUCGUUCUUAUAGUCAUUACUCACGUAGUUGGAACUAACUGCGUUUUAAAAAUGAAUCUCACUUGUAUUAUAUAAAUCGUAUUUAA